GAGAGAGAAAGCUUUUUCUCGAAAGAUUGGUGGUGAGACCUUAUCAACAACGGCGGCGAUCGGCGUCGGAGUGCAGCCGUUAUCAUCCGGCUACCAUAGCACAGUGCCACCCCAAAACGGAAGGGGUGGUUCGCCACUUCGUGUCGCGGCGAUGGUAGCAGCUGCCUCCGCUACGGCCACCGCCACUGCCAGCGUGGUGGCCAUGCAGGACCGCCAGGAUAUCCCCGCGCAAUUCAAUCAAAUGCAGAGCCAACACGGAAUGCCCCCCCAAUCGUACAACUUGGGGUACGGCCAAAGAGGACCAAUGACAGGAAUGGGGCCAGUCGCGAUGAACAACUUUAACGGCAUGGGCACGAUGAGCCCGAUGCAUACUAUGAAUUCCAUGAAUUCGAUGAACAGUAUGAAUGUCGUGAACUCGAUAAAUCCUAUGACAAUGGGAGGCAUGAACGGUAUGAACAGUAUGAAUGCUAUGAACGGAAUGACACCCAUGAACUCCAUGAGCAAUAUGGGUAACAUGGCCAUGAACAACAUGAUGGGACCCAACAAUAUGCAAAUGAAUAAGAUGCAGGCUCAGCCGCAUCAAGGCUAUCCGCGAAGACUAGCGCCCUACCCGACCCCGAACAUACACAUGACGCAAAAGCGACAGCAGGUUCCGUACCCGAAUCAGAAUCCAGCGGCUAUGCAGCAGAGUUUCAACGGCAUGACAGCGUCACAAUAUCCGAACAACUAUCCUACCCCGACGAGGCCGAACUUUCAGCAGCAGUAUCAACCUAUGCAAAACAUGCAUCCUACGGCGGCCGGUUUCGGGCCCGGCGCAAUGAUACGAGCGACGAAUAUGAGGCAAACAGGACCGGCUUACAAUACCGCGUCUCAGACGGCCGCCGCGAACCAAUAUAACUACGGCGGUAACGGCGUUCCCGGUGUUUGCAUGGUCCCACCCACCUCCGUCGGCAAUCAAUUCGUCGGUCAUCAAUCGAACACGGGAUAUGGCGGCGGUAACGCGUCGUACGGCGCGUCCAACGUAGCGACCAGUCAAUAUCAGCAAGAUGUAGCGUCGAUGAGAUCGACGAACGGGGGUAAUGUGAAUUAUCAGCACAGUCCUAUUCCCGGCAACCCGACGCCUCCGUUAACACCCGCCACCAGCAUGCCGCCUUACAUCAGUCCAAAUCCGGAUAUCAAGCCUAAUUUCAACGAAAUGAAAUCGUCGAACAACAUUCAAAAUGAUGAAUUGAGACUAACAUUCCCCGUGAGAGAUGGCAUUAUUCUUCCGCCCUUCCGUCUAGAGCACAAUUUGGCUGUUAGCAAUCACGUAUUUCAACUGAAGCCUACAGUACAUCAAACGCUAGCAUGGCGGUCGGAUCUUGAGCUACAGCUUAAGUGUUUCCACCAUGAGGACAGGCAAAUGAGUACGAAUUGGCCGGCGAGUGUGCAAGUCUCCGUUAACGCGACUCCUCUCGUGAUCGAUCGCGGGGAGAACAAGACUUCCCACAAGCCCCUCUACUUGAAGGACGUCUGUCAGCCAGGAAGGAACACAAUACAGAUUACCGUAGCUGCGUGUUGUUGUGUAAGUUGUGUGAGGGCGCCGAUGAUUAAAAAAUCUUUUUUAAACGAGAUAAAGUAUAAUUUCCAGUCACAUCUAUUCGUACUCCAACUGGUUCAUCGACCCAGUGUACGAAGUGUGUUACAUGGAUUGUUACGUAAGAGGCUUCUGCCAGCGGAACAUUGUGUGUCAAAAAUCAAAAGGAAUUUUAAUAACACAUUGAACAAUGGUAUACAAUCGGACAAAGAUGUAGUGGAACAAACAGCACUAAAGAGAGAAGAGUCAUGCGCAUCUUGUUAUGUGCAGGUACCUUUAAAAUGUCCUAUCACCUUCAAACGUAUUACACUGCCAGCUAGAGGACACGAGUGCAAGCAUAUACAGUGCUUUGAUUUGGAGUCAUAUUUGCAAUUAAACUGUGAACGAGGUAGCUGGAGGUGUCCAGUAUGCACGAAACCUGCGCAACUAGAAGGUUUAGAAGUCGAUCAAUAUAUGUGGGGUAUUUUGAAUACAUUAAAUACCGCGGAAGUUGAUGAGGUAACGAUAGACGCGCUCGCAAAUUGGAAACCAACGAAGAACUUAACCACUAUUAAGUCCGAGGAAGAAAACGAUUGUAAAAGAACGACCAAGGCUAUGUCACCGGGUAGUAUGAAUAUGCCGACUAUGAACAGUUGGGAUAUGAAUCCAGUUAUGAGUCCUUAUAUGAAUCCGCCCGAUAUGAACAGUAUCGUAAGCGGCUCGAUGAUGAACAACGCAUCUUCAACUUACGCGAAUAAUAGUAUAAAUCACAGGAAUACGUCAGGUGGAACAUAUGAGAUAAACUCUGGAACAAAUACUAUCGGCAAUAAUGAUUAUGUCAGUGGAGCGGGUCCAUUGUCGCACUUAAAUGAAUCCGUUAACUCUUUAGAUCCUCUCAAUGCUAUGGAAAAGUCGCUCAAUGAUCAGAUGCCACAUACUCCGCAUACGCCACACACUCCGCAAUCUACCCCUCAUACACCGGCUGGUGGAGCCAGCGGUCCACCAAGUGUUCCGCCUGCAUCGCAAGAAUCCACAGGAAAUCAUAACACUUCCGGCAAUACGAAUAUAAAUAAUGACACCGCGACAGACAUACCAUCGGAUUUAAAUUUCGAUCCCGCUGCAGUUAUAGACGGGGAAGGUACCGGUCAAGAAGGAUUAAAUCUGUUGCCAGACAAUGUGGACGCAAUGGAACUACUCUCGUAUUUAGAUCCACCGGAGCUAAAUACUCCACCUAGUAGUGGCGCUAGUAGUGGUAAUCCUUCGAGCAAUGAUGACCUAUUGGCACUCUUUGAAUAAGGAGAAAAGGGAGAGAUACGAAGCGAGUGGAUAUCUUGUGACGAUGUAAUCAAACUAUGACCCCCCUCCCCCCUCUCACUUUGGAAUAAAGUGAUGAGAGAGUUGAGAUCUCACUGCAAAUGUAAUUUUUGACUAUUUUUGCGCAAAUUUUUCAGGAUUUUAUUUCCUUACAUGAAUUGCGCAAAAUAUCCAAUUUCUCACACUCUAAUAGCGAGAAAAUACUUCUCAUAAGUCUAUUGGAUGCAAGGAUUUGCGGUGAAGAAAUUUAUAUUUUUGCGCAAAUUUUUCAGGAUUUUAUUUCCUUAAAUGAAUUGCGCAAAAUACCCAAUUUCUGACACUAAUAGCGAGAAAAUACUUCUCAUAAGUCUAUUGGAUGCGAGCAUUUGCGGUGAAGAAAUUUAAAUUUUAUGGGGGUCACUAGGUGCUCUCACCUAAUCAAUGGUACAAAUAAUCUUAGUUAUAAUUAUAAUAUUCCUAUUCAAGUUAAGGUUAAAGUUCUAGGAUUAAAGAAAACGAUUUUUAAUGAUAACACUCCAUACUAGCACUUCCGCUGAAGAUAUUAUUGCAUAAACGGCAUUUUACUUUUUAUCGAUUUAAAUUGUAUUAUAAAAAGUAUAUUUUUAAUAAUUGCAUUCAAUAA